GUCCCCACUUGAACCCAUAUUUAAAAUUACAUGUCUUACAUGAACUUAAAUAUAGGUUAAACCAACAGAACAUGACACAUCCAAUACUGAGCAACCGGACUGUCUUGAUGCGAUAAAAUCCGAGCCUCGAACGCUGGAUCCCAGCGACGGGGCCCUGACAUUAAUCGUGGAAAAACGGGAGCUGUUUUCACUUUCUUUGGGGCUUAGUUUAGCACUGCCCUGAAUCAUAGUCACUGACGAGAGACAGCAGGGUGAAACCAGUUUACCGACUGCGGCCCGUGUGUGUCUACGUUGAAUUGAAAUUACACUCCUUGGAAUAACACAUCUUUGGUUCUCAUCACAGGCCUGUGCCAUGGUAAAAUUGCCUUUCUACUUUGAGGCUGAGAAGAUGUUAUAUGUUGGACUAUGUUUAGACUGCUGGUCUUUUCCUCGGGCUCUGUCUCAUUAUCUUCUCCCUCCAUCUCUGUAAAUAUAGACUGUGUGGGACUGUUCUCACUCACACUUCCCAGCACUAUGUAUACACUACAUACCAGACAACCAGCAGUGUCACAAGCAGUUGAGACAUAAAGUCUUUCUCUGCAGGGAGCGGGUGUGUGAGUGAAAAAAGUUUUUUCGGUCCCUGCCGCUCUUUCGCACCUGCCAGGUUGAGGCACCGGUGCUUUAACCCACCUGCACUACACCUGACCACGUCGCCCCCCUCCCCCUGCCUCCCAGCUGCUGCUCCCGCUGUGGCUUCAAAUGUGAGUAAUCACAACGUGAACCGGAGAAAUACAUUUUCGUUUAACCCGUGCUGCCUAAUGGCCCCUUUGAGGUAAAGGCCCAUAUAUCCUGUGCUGUUCAUGGAGCAGCAAGCGCACAGGAGCUCCUAGAAGCUUGUCGAGGUUCCGCAGGGGGUCAAACUUUUGCCUUGACCCUAAUGACGGCGCAUAAAAAGACACUCAAAGAGAUUAAUGGAUUUUUACCGGUGUUUUGCAGCGGACCUUUGCUCACAAAUCUGAGGACACAGCCUCUGUGUGGGUGGGGUAGGCGUUUUCAUGUUGCCACGGUGCAGUGUUCUAUUUAGUGUGGAGUGUAAAGUGUUACUACACGUCAACAUGUUUGUGUCUGAAAAAAGAGUCAUGACGUUAGGGACAGGGACCUUGUUCUGUACAAAUGAAUUGUGAAUAUCUGUAAUUAUAAAACCCCAAUCAAAUGAAUGGCAAAGGUGACGUCAUUUGCCCUGGGAAAAAUGUCGUUGUGGAUAUCUAAAAUGACAAUUACGGAUUGGAACAAUGUCGUUGCGGAUAUCCGAAAUUUUCUUUUUGACGAGGCAAAACUGAGUUAGUGGCAUCUGCAAUACAUAUCCAGCUUAGCCUUUAAAUGUUAAAACGUCAUACUAUAGUCACGUGACUAUUUAAGCCCGCGAAGCUGGGUUAACGGAAUCCGGAUGCGGAAGUUACGGAAACCGGCUUCCGCUGCUUGCACCUGAAUGUAGCGGCUGCUCCAGGUCGUAACUUCAAUGUUAAAGUAACAAAGUUUAGCAAAACCCAUUCAUUCAUCCUAGCUGGCUAAUCCCGUCCAUGGUCACAGGGGAAGCUGGAGGCAAUUCCAUCAGACAUCGAGCGAAAGGCAGCGAGAAUCAUUGACAGGUAUCGACUUCUGACCCUGUUCCCGCCUUCCUUUAUCUCCAGCCACGGUGAUUGUCCCCCACUCUCCACCUGUCUGAAUGUCUGAAUAAAAACAUCGGGGCCGUCCUCCUGUUCGUCAAACAUCGCAGUGGCAGACGCUGUAACCCAGACCAAGGCCGCGGACCGACUGCGUUUAAUGGAGUGGAGAUGGAGAAGUGUUACUGUAUCUGUGGAAACAGCCGCGAGAAGACACGGACACAAAGCCAAGCAGAGGUGCAGAGAGAGUUCAACUGAAAGGAUCUUCUGCCCCCAUUUGGUAGAAGAGCAGAAUGCAGUUCUCGGCAAUCAGGUUGGUAAAUUAACCCACACCUGUGGCUAAUACCGCCUCAAGUGUGACAUCAGCUCCAGCGCCGGCCACUGCUCUUGCUCUUGCUCCACUUCCAGCUCCAAGGAGGAGAUGACAGCUGAUAAACAGAAUGAGAAACCACAGGCUCCUGCGGCUAAACCUGAGCAACCUGGAGCUGAAGGACAGGAGGCAGCCCCUCCACCACCACAGCCACCCGUCGUCAUUAACAGGUACUCAGAUGAUCAGCUCAGAUCCAUCAUCCUGCGGAUGAGGGAGCGACACCAGCUCUUCAAGGACAAAGUGCUGGAUCACUACGCAUCUUCCCCCGAGAUAACUCCUCCAGUCACACCUCGGCUCCGCAGACGGGAGUACGCCAGGGUCACAGAGGAGAGGAAGAGACAAGCUGAGGAAGAACGGAUAAAGAAGGAGGAGGCUGAGAAGAAGAAGAAAGAGGAGCAGGAGAAGAAGAAGAAGGAGGAUGAGCAGAAGAAGAAGGAGGAGGAGGAGAAAAAGAAAGCCGAAGUCAAAGAGGAAGAAAAGAAAGAGGAGGUGAACUUGAAGAAAAAGUGUCAAGAUGCUUUCUGGCUGUCUGUGGACACUGUGCUGAAGCCCAUCGAGGACAGGAUGGACUCUGUGCUGGGUCAGACCAUUGACCCUUUCACCGACCUUCGCUACAUCGCCUGGCUGAGCGUGGUCACUCUGGCCAUUAACUACAACAUCUGGUUUAUGACUGCUCGCCUGUGUUUCCCGUACCACACAGAGAGCGCCAUCCCUGUUUGGUUUGGUCUGGACCUGUUGGCUGACGCCAUCUACCUCAUCGACACCAUCAUCUUCCAGCCCCGCAAGCAGUUCGUCCAAGGAGGAGACAUCAUAAAAGACAGAGUGAGGACGAAAACAAACUACAGGAUAUCAGAGAGAUUCAAGAUGGACAUGCUGUCCCUCAUUCCUUUUGAUCUACUGUACGUCCAGUUUGGAUUCAAAUCUAUUUUCAGGUUCAAUCGUUUGCUGAAGGCCGAUACCUUCUUUGAGUUCAGCGAUCGGCUGGAGAGCAUCUUGGCAAGAGCUUACAUCUGGAGAGUGAUUCGCACCAUCGGUUACCUCCUCUUCGUUUUGCACAUCAACGCCUGCUUCUACUAUGUGGCGUCCGCCUACCAGGGUAUUGGUAAAACCAAAUGGGUCUAUUCUGGACUGGGCAGUGCGUACCUGCGUUGUUACUACUUUGCUGUCCGCAGUCUGAUCAACAUUGGGGGUCUUAACGAGCCCCACACCAUCUUUGAGAUUGCCUUUCAGAUGACUAACUUUUUCACGGGCGUCUUUGUGUUCUCCAGUCUGAUUGGGCAGAUGAGGGAUGUCAUUGGUGCCGCUACAGCAGGACAGACGUAUUUCAGAGCCUCCAUGGACAACACUGUGUCCUACAUGGUGACCAAUCGCAUCCCCUAUCUGGUGCAGAAUCGAGUCCGUACCUGGUACACCUACACCUGGGACGCUCAGGGCAUGUUGGAUGAGUCCGAGUUGUUGGACAAAAUGCCUUUGGUGAUGAAGACUGCCAUCGCUGUAGAUAUCAACCUGGCGACGUUUCAGAAGAUUGAUCUCUUCAAGGGCUGUGACCAGCAGAUGUUGGUGGACAUGCUGCUGAGACUCAAGUCCAUUAUCUAUCUGCCCGGAGACUUUGUUGUAAAAAAAGGCGACAUUGGUAAAGAGAUGUACAUCAUCAAAAGUGGAGCGGUGCAGGUGGUGGGAGGACCUGACAACAGCAUCGUGUUUGUCACUCUGAAGGCUGGCUGCGUGUUUGGAGAAAUCAGCCUUUUACAGUCUUCCAAAGAUGGGGGAAACAGGCGCACGGCUAACGUCAAAGCCUACGGCUUUGCUAAUCUCUUUGUAUUGGAGAAGAAGGACCUGUUUGACAUCCUGGUCCACUAUCCUGAGUCUCAAAAGGUGUUGGCCAGGAAGGGAAGGCAGCUAAUGAAGGCCAAGGGCCCGGCAGCUGCUAAGGCUGAGGAGGACAAGAAGAAAGGUCUGGCUUUGUUUGUACCCAAACCAGCUACACCCAAACUGCUGCGUGCUGUUGGAGGAAGCUUGAACAAGACGGUCGUGGACCGAAUAAAGGUAACUGCACCUCAUUGGUCCGUCAAAUCACGUGAUUAAUAUCGCCAGUUGGCAUUUAUUUAUAGAAUUAUCGGUUCUGUUUUUCAGGCUGCUGGCGGGAAGUGACUACCGUUUUUUAUUUUUUAUUGAUCUCCUUUUUUGGAAGAAAAUGCACAGCUUUGUUAUAAAUAGUUUUUCUGACUUUUGUUUUUCUCUUUUCCUAUUUCUACUAACACUGUCAUACCUCUCUGCGUGACCUUUUUGAAUUCGCUUGAGCUGCUUUGCAGUAGUUAAAUUUGGAUUUAUUGGUAUAUUUAAACUCAUAGUGAAAUUAAUAUAUUUUUUGCUUUGUCUUUGCGUUUUUG